AUGGGGCCCCCAGGCAAUAGGGGAUCAUGGGGCCCCUGUGUCCUUGCCCAAACUCAAAAAAGCCUUUGAAAAAGGUAAGAUUUAUUAUAUCUCCUAAACCUGCACCGUUUAGGAGAUAUUUGCUCUUUUUGAGAGCCGGCGCAUGCGCUCUGAAGGAAAAGCAUAUCUGUGCCCAGUAGCGGACUGACAACUCAUGGGGCCCCCGGGCAAUAAGGGAUCAUGGGGCCCCUGUGUCCUUGCCCAAACUCAAAAAAGCCUAUGAAAAAGGUACCGGGGGUAUUUCAUGGGGCCCCCUACUGACCCCGGGCCCUCGGGCAGUGCCAGAGUUUCCAAAUGGUCAGUCCACCCCUGACUCCAGCC